AUGGACCCCACAAUGAGAUAAGCACUAUAGUACAAAACCACGAGCACACACUUAAACUAAUUCCAGAAUUACAAAACGCCCCAACCCUUUUCAUCCUGUCACGCCACCGAGGCACCCGCCUCUCACUGACAGGUGGGCCCAAAAAGCGUCGAGGACGCAGUACAAUUUACGCAGAAAACCCCGCGAAAGCCCGUGAAUUUCCUCCUCCCAAUCCCUUCCAUUCCCAUCGAAGGAAACGGAAUUUGCUUACGGAUUAAAAGGGAGGUCUUGACUCAACCCGUCUCCUUCUCCUCCUCCCCUCCGCCUCGUCGUCUUCGUCUCACGCCACCAUCGCCAUCGCGGGGCUUCGUUUGGUCGGGAUGUCUCGCCGCCGGGACGCUGCGCCGACGGCGCGCGAGGGCGAGAGGGAUCUCGUCGUGAAGGUAAAAUUCGGUGGCACUCUUAAGCGGUUCACUGCUUUUGUGAAUGGUCCGCACUUUGAUCUUAAUCUGGCUGCUCUUCGGUCAAAGAUUGCGAGUGCUUUUAAGUUCAAUCCAGAUACUGAGUUUGUACUCACCUAUACUGAUGAGGAUGGGGAUGUUGUCAUACUGGAUGAUGAUAGUGAUUUAUGUGAUGCUGCCAUUAGUCAGAGACUGAACCCUCUUAGGAUUAAUGUUGAGUUGAAGAGCAGCAGUGAUGGGGUACAUCAGACAAAACAGCAGGUAUUGGAUUCCAUAUCUGUAAUGUCCACUGCUCUGGAAGAUCAAUUGGCUCAGGUGAAAUUAGCUAUCGAUGAAGCUUUAAAAUUUGUACCAGAACAAGUUCCCACUGUCCUUGCAAAAAUAUCACAUGACUUGCGUUCUAAAGCUGCAUCAUCAGCGCCAUCAUUGGCUGAUUUGCUGGACCGGCUUGCUAAACUGAUGGCACCAAAGAGCAAAAUGCAGUCUUCCAGUGGUUCUGCUGAUGGUUCAUCUGGCUCCUCUAGUGGUAGGGGACAAACUUUGGGAAGUUUGAAUAUUAAAAAUGACACUGAGCUCAUGGCUGUUUCAGCUUCGAACCCUCUGGAUAUGCAUAACUCUGGAUCAACUAAAUCACUUGGUCUUAAGGGUGUGCUUCUUGAUGACAUCAAAGCUCAAGCUGAACAUGUAUCGGGAUAUCCUUAUUAUGUGGAUACCCUUUCAGGCUGGGUAAAAGUUGAUAACAAGGGAAGUACCAAUGCCCAAAGUAAGGGCAAGUCUGUUACAUCCUCUGCUGUGCCACAAGUUACUAGCAUUGGUCAUGGUGCACCUACUGUUCAUUCUGCUCCUGCUUCAGAUUGCGGUGAAGGGUUAAGAAGUGAUCUUUUCUGGACACAACUAGGCCUUUCUUCUGAGUCCUUUGGGCCUAAUGGCCAGAUUGGUGGUGAUUUGAACUCGACAUGCCCUCCUCCACCACUGUUUCCCCGUUACCCACUUCAGUCUCUCCGAGCUGAUAAAAGCAGUAUCAAGGGUGGUUGCUCUUACCCUCCGUGCAUCUGCAAAAGUAGCACAUCUAAGCCUGAGAAUCUCUCCCAUUACCCAGUUCAGUCCCUCCAAGCUGACAGAAGCCUAAAGGGUGGUCACUAUUUCCCUCCAUGCACCUGCAAAAGUAACACAUCCAAGCCAGAUAAUCUCUCACCAGUCGGUCUUUAUGGACCUUAUUCUGAAGGCAGCAGCUGUAAUAGGUGCCCAUACAGGGAUCUAAGUGAUAAGCACGAGAGCAUGGCGCAGCACACACUGCAUAGAUGGAUACAGUGCGAUGGCUGUGGGGUCACUCCUAUCGCUGGUUCUCGCUACAAGUCAAAUAUUAAAGAUGAUUAUGAUUUAUGCAAUACCUGUUUUUCUCGAAUGGGCAAUGUGAAUGAAUAUACCAGAAUAGACAGACCAUCUUUUGGGAGUAGACGAUGUAGAGACCUCAAUCAGAACCAGAUGCUCUUUCCACAUCUUCGACAGCUACAUGAUUGCCGCUUCAUUAAGGAUGUUACUGUCCCUGAUGGAACAGUAAUGGCACCAUCAACCCCAUUUACAAAGAUUUGGCGCAUACAUAACAAUGGAUCUUCCAUGUGGCCAUAUGGGACAUGUCUUACCUGGGUUGGUGGACAUCUAUUUGCACGCAACAGCUCAGUUAAAUUAGGGAUCUCGGUGGAUGGUUUCCCUAUUGAUCAAGAGAUCGAUGUUGGUGUUGAUUUUGUCACACCUGCAAAGCCUGGUGGGUACGUGUCGUACUGGAGAUUGGCAUCACCCACUGGCCAGAUGUUUGGUCAGCGAGUUUGGGUUUUUAUUCAGGUGGAGCACCCGGUCAAAACCAGUAGCAACAAGCAGAGUGCUGCUAUAAACUUGAACAUGCCCCCAGAAGGAAGCAACACAGAAUGGAAGCAUUCUGUUGAUGCAAAUAUUCAGUCUGCAGAUAUUGUGGGUAAAUACUCUGGAAGCACCAUAACUGAUCCUCUUGCACAUGCACUAUACCAUGAAGCCACCAAACCGAUGGAACCUGAGCUUGUUUCAAGUGCCGUACCUUCUGUACCUAGAGCAUUUGAAUCAGUGCUAGUGCCAGCUACUGAUCUCCUCACUUCAUCUGCUGGAGCUGAAAAGGCUUCGAAGCCUGCUGCCACGCCUGGACCUGCACCUCAAGCCGUUCCCCUGCCAAAACCUGUUAGCAUUCCUGCAUCUGGACCUGCGCCUGCUCCUGUUAGUGCGACUACCGCUGCACCUGUCGGAGCUGCUGCUGCUCCUAUCAGUGAGCCCACUGCACCUGCUGCUGCCAUUGGAAUGCCCUCUGCAACUGCUCGCGCUGCUUCUUGCCUGCCUACCGAGCCUUCAUCUGAUCACAUCAGUGCCGUGGAGGACAACAUGCUGAGAGAGCUGGGGCAGAUGGGCUUCGGGCAAGUCGACCUGAACAAGGAAAUAAUUAGGCGGAACGAGUACAACCUGGAGCAGUCCAUUGAUGAACUCUGUGGCAUCCUCGAAUGGGAUGCACUCCAUGAUGAACUGCACGAACUGGGCAUCUGAUCAGAACGGAGAUGAACAAGGCGCUCACCAAGGACGGCGAGGAAGCAUGUGGCCGUGAAUCUUUUUUGCCCCUCCUAGAAGGGCCAGUGAUGACCUCGUCGUGUUCAGCUAUUGAGCACCUUGCAGUAUCCAAGAUAUAGACCGUAGUAUAUUUAUAAAUAGCUUACCUAGUUAAAAGCGGCGUUCGUGCUGCUGUGCUACCCCUACUCGCCAGCAACCUUAGAGGGUCUGGUGUAGUGCCAGUAGUGGUGUUUAAAGACUUCUAAUCAUCGGUGUGUAAUCGAAAUAAGUACCGUACCUACUAGUUGUUUAUUAUGCUAUAUGAUGUAUUAAACUUGUGUUGCUCGUCUGGUUCUUUGCGC